AACCGUGUUUAUAUUCCAUUGGUAAUAGGGCUUCUAACAAAUUGUUUCAAUGCUUCGAUGCACUACAUUCUUUUAUUUGUUUUCGAAUUUGGAAUAAUCGGAUCAGCUAUUUCUCAGUCAUCAGCUUACUUAUUUCAAUGCAUUUGCUAUCUACCAUAUAUUAUAAUGCUGCAGAGAUCAGGAUUAACAUGGAAAGGUUGGACAAAUGAACUGUGGCUUGACUGGGGAAGGUGGUUCAAACUAGCUAUGCCAGGUGUCCUCAUGAUUACCUUGGAAUGGAUCGUUUUUGAAAUGGGCAGUAUAGUUUCAGGUACACUUGGUGAAAGAGAACUAGCUACCCAGACGAUUCUCUUCAACAUUGAAUCGAUGUGUUUUACGCUGUUACCACUUGGAUUUGGUAUAGCAGCAAGCAUACGUGUUGGUCAAUUUCUUGGUGCCCGCUCCUCAUUAGGACCACGGUCAGUUGUUUCUACAGCUCUUGUAACAUUGUGGAUGUCUUCGAUUGCCUUCAUUCUAACUUUAUGCUUAUUGAGAUGGAAGAUUCCAAUGAUUUUCACUUCUGAAAAAGAUGUCAUUGAAUUAUCUGCUAAACUAUUGCCAUUAAUUGCUACAUUUCAAAUAUUUGAUGGAACUGUGGGUGUUUGUGGAGGUGCCAUUCGUGGAGCUGGACUGGCAACUAUUCGGUGCAAUUGUUUGUUUUGUUAG